AUGCCUUGUUUUGUCUGUAUUCAUGAGUUUGGCGACCAAACGAUUUACCUGGUAAAGGUUAACUUCAAGCUCAAGAUUAUUUUUAAUGUGAAAGUGAGGAAAGGAGACGUCGAGCUAAGACUAUGGAUUAUUCCGAAAGAGCGAGAGCAGGAAAGGGAAGGUUGUGUCAGAGUCGAGGCCGACGAGGGAUGGUCGCCUGAGAAUCAGUCUUCCUCUCCAAGAAUAUAUCCCACCGUCUCAGAUCUUGGCGUGCGUUUGGUUCAAAGGGAAGAACCGCUUACGUCACGUGGUUAUUACUGGGAAGAGAUGUUAAGAGUAGAAGCCGAAAAGAUUGAGGUGUGCAGAAAACAAGAAAAAAACGGGAUGAACGGAUCAAAAUACAUCAAUGGAGGGUGUCUCGGUAUUAAUAGGAGGCUUACCAUUAUCAACUAUCGGGAGCCAAGUGGGAAUGAUGAACGAGUUCGAUAA